AUGCCGAGCGACCAAUCAGACUCAUACAGCUGCGAAACGAGACCAGGACCUUCCUACCUCACCCGCCGGUACAAGUUUCAUUCAGACCACAGUUUCACCUUCUACCAGUUCUACUACUCGGACCACCAGUGCCAGUCACCGGCCUAUUCCUAUCGGAUCCGGGGCCAGCUCACCGUCGGUGGACUGACUUUUACUCUUGACGGGGCAAACGAAGCCAUGUACGAGUUGGAGAAGGUGACAUUGACAGUGUUCCAGGACAGAUUCGCCAUGAUGCUGGCUCGUCAAUUAAAUGGUAGCUGUCCGGGAAUGGUGGAACCGAACCAACCGCUUGCUAUAUUCAGGAAGUACGUCGUUCUUGAUAACUCACGAGACGUCAUCCAGAUAGACUGUACGCCAGGUUUGGGAUUCACCAUGAACGAACUCCAGAUGAUACGCCAGGAGGUAUACCAGAGACGAGUGGAGAACACGGGCAUUGUCCGAAGGUCGGAGUCACUCUACUUAGGAGAUAUCCACACGGACUUUGGACAGAGGGUGAUCUACAGAUCGAAAGGAUACCAGACGCCCUUGAGAAGAUACGAUGACGAUAGCGAGGAAUACUGUACUGUGUGUCGAAUCGUCUACAACGCACGUGAGCAUGCGCCUCCAAUUCUACCCCGGAUACAACACAAAAACAUAGCCUUAGCCGGAGGCUGGGUCAGCAUCCACUGCGAGGUUCGACACAUCUACUUCUUAACCCGCCACCUCAUCUUUUUCGAUAAUCAAACGUGGGAAGGCCACUACCAUUACUACCGCGACCCGCUGUGUCAGUUUCCCAAGUACACUGUGUCGGUCAAGGGAACCCGAACAGCAGGUGAGCCGUCGGCCAUAGUAGAGGGCGCCACAAAUUAUAAAUUCACCAGUCUCGCCAUGUACCUCACACCGCAGUGCGACAAGGAAGUCGAGCGAUUCAACUCCAAGAACGUCCAAUGCGGAAAGCGCGGCGCAUGGAAGAUCGGGCGGACCCUCGAUGUUACGUCAGCAGGCGGAUGCGACGUCAUAGGAGUCAGCUUACCUCACACGGAGUUCGAACUGAUAAAGACAGUAUCAGACGCUGAGAUGGGCGUCCUACUCUUUACUGGACAACGCCCCAGCGACGGGCAAACUCCGAAUAAGGAGUCCCUGAGAGCUACAUCAUUCCAAAGUCCAUUACUAUAUUGCUCGGAUGAAAGCCCUUUUGAAGUACAAUACACUGAGAACUCCGGGGAUACAAGAUCCAGUGCCGACCCAAAAAUAAAGAUAACAAUUAGCAAUAGCAUUUUAUUGAGUGUUAUAGUACUACUUAUAACAUCAGCCGUCAGACUGCGAUUAUUAUAGCAAAAGUAAAAACCAUUCUUUAGAAAUAGUUGAUUUUUUUUAAUGGCUUCCUAUUCUACUUGUGUUUGUAUAUAACAUAAAUCCACGUACAAUGUGAUCUGCUAUGAUGGAAGAAAAGUUUUUAUAUUAUCUUUUUGCACAUAAUGUGUACAUGAUUGUAAAUACAAAAUGUCUUCUAAGAAUGUAUGAUUUUUAUAUAUGUCUCGCACCUGAAAUGAUAAAAUGAAAUGAUUAAAUGGAUUCAUCAAUAUUGUUGGUAGAAUGGUGAUAUUGUGUAUAUUUGCUGGGGAAUUCCUGACGCCUAAUUUUUUGUGUUUGGUUAUCUCUGACUGAGGAUAGAUAACAAGAGUUUACUGUCUUUCGCACAAAACAUAUCUCAGAAAUUCAUGAUCAUAAUUUCCUUAGAUCCGCCGUGGAAAUAUUUUUUUUUAUAGACAAAGCUGGCACCAAAAUCAAAUCGAUUGAAAGUGAUGAAGAAAUAUCAAACAUGCUUUAGACAAAAAAUCAUCGAAAUCGGAAGACUGAAGUAAGAUGUAAAAAAUAAAGUUUUUGAUUUCGCAAAAUUUCACAAAAUUAAUGAUAUGCAUUGCAUACUACGGGUUGAAUGUCUCCGAAGAUGUUGUAUACUCACUGACGAUUCAUUUUGUAUUUUUACAAGAGUUUGCUAAAUAAAACUGCUCGUAUAAUCUCAUAAAAUAUUCAAAAUAUGACAAUUGCUCUUUAACUUAAUUACGAUUUUUAUAAAUGUUUUAAAGGAUGACGAAAUUCUUUAUGGAAAAUAGAAAUGAACAUUUAUAUGAUAAAGAAUAUUGGGUCUUUGACUUCAAAGGCUCUUGUUUUUGUACUGUAUAUUAGUCAAUUAUGCACAUCACUGCAUGAAAUAAUAAAAAAAACAUGUUGUAAAUCAAUUAUUUUCUUCAACCGAGUUCGAUGACAUAAUCUUCAUUAUUACUAUGAUAACAAACGAUAGUGAACAUUUUUAUCAUGUUUAUAGGGACAUGUUUACCAAAAAUGAUAGACAUUUUCUUCCUACCUUAUGUUUUUCAAAUCAUAUCGAUGUCGAAAUGGUAGUUUCUGUAAAACUUAAAAAUAUAUUAUUUUACUUCCACAAUCGAAAAAGGGACAAUACUUACAUUUCUGACAUUUCUAUAUAUUCAUACUCGGGACUUCUAUAUAUUUAUAUCGACACAUCCUAUUAUUAUUUAUUUUUUUAUCUAUUAAUUAUUUCUCUCAGUUAGAUUCAUUCACAUCACUCCCGAGUAAUUAAACUAGCUUGGUCAUAACUAUAGCCAUGGAAACCUUGUAACCCAUGGUACUCAAGGAUUUACCAGAAACAAUACCAACCCAGCCGGGGCACUUUUAUGAAGAACGUUUUCCCCAUAAGUAAUACAACAGACAAAUUGCCUCGAGGGCGCGGGGGCACCAUAGCCCUCUUAGUACCCCCUCGGAUCAGCGCCUUUUGUUACCCUAUGCUACCUUGUUAUGAAUAAUAUUACUACAUCAAAGUAAUUGACACAAUUAUCAAGUUAUUUUGAUUGAUGAAAAGGUAUAUAAUUUAUCUUGGCCUAUAGCAGAUUGAAAAAAACAUGAUAUAAUUUGCUGUUUUGGACGGGGUAUCUUGUAUCCAUGAUUUGUUUUUCCAUCCAAAGUUUUCACUUUAAAAUGAAGGUGAUUUUUGUGAGAUAAACAUUGACAAGCCAAAAAAAAAUCACUCCGAAAAAUCAAGAAGAUUCUUGUAAUGUCAAAUCUUUACAUGUUCUCUCUUCAACCCAAUAUCCAGGGGUGCUGCGUAUGGUGUACAACAUAGUUAUGUAGCACCCCCAGAAAAUCUUGGGGCGCCCCGCUUCCCAUACCGGGGCCAUGGUAAAAACUUGAUAUCAUCAUUGUCAAUGCUUUCAUCUUGUUUUCGUGAUCGCUCGUAUCUUGUUCUAUAAGAUUUCAAAUAAUUUCCAGAGUCAGAAAGAUAA